AUGCGCUCCAAGUUCAAGGACGAGCACCCGUUUGAGAAGCGCAAGGCAGAGGCCGAGCGCAUCCGGCAGAAGUAUCCCGACAGGAUCCCGGUCAUCUGCGAGAAAGCAGACCGCACCGACAUUCCGACGAUUGACAAGAAGAAGUAUCUGGUGCCUUCUGACCUGACGGUGGGACAGUUCGUCUACGUGAUUCGCAAGCGCAUCAAGCUGGCGCCCGAGAAGGCCAUCUUCAUCUUCGUCGACGAGGUGCUGCCCGCCACGGCGGCGCUCAUGAGCGCCAUCUACGAGGAGCACAAAGAUGAGGAUGGAUUCUUGUACAUCCAGUACAGCGGCGAGAAUACGUUUGGCGCAUGA